CGCGGCGGCGCCUUCAAGGCCCGGCCCGUCCGACGUGGCAGCGCCUGCACCGAGCGCGGCCCAGCCCCGCCACCGCCCCGCCCGCCCAGAGCUAGCCCGGGCCCCGCCAUGGGCCACAACGACAUUAUGAACACCGCCGAGGACUUCGCCGACCAGUUCCUGAGGGUAACGAAGCAGUACCUGCCCCACGUGGCCCGGCUGUGCCUCAUCAGCACCUUCCUGGAGGAUGGCAUCCGCAUGUGGUUCCAGUGGAGUGAACAGAGGGACUACAUCGAUGGCACGUGGAACUGUGGCUACUUCCUGGCCUCCAUCUUUGUGUUCCUAAACCUCUUCGGGCAGCUGAGUGGCUGUAUCCUGGUGCUGAGUAGGAACUUUGUGCAAUAUGCCUGCUUUGGACUGUUUGGAAUUAUAGCAUUACAGACUAUUGCAUACAGCAUUCUAUGGGACCUGAAGUUCUUGAUGAGGAAUCUUGCCCUUGGGGGAGGCUUGCUGCUGCUUCUGGCUGAGUCCCGCUCAGAAGGGAAGAGCAUGUUUGCUGGUGUCCCCACCAUGAGGGAGAGCUCCCCAAGGCAGUACAUGCAGUUGGGGGGACGUGUGCUGCUCGUUCUCAUGUUCAUGACACUGCUACACUUUGAUAUGAACUUCUUUUCUAUUCUGCAGAACAUUGUGGGCACAGCCCUGAUUAUCUUGGUGGCAAUUGGCUUCAAGACUAAGCUGGCUGCCUUGACUCUGGUCAUCUGGCUGUUUGGCAUCAACAUCUACUUCAAUGCCUUCUGGACCGUCCCAGUCUACAAGCCCAUGCACGACUUCCUCAGAUACGAUUUCUUCCAGACCAUGUCUGUCAUUGGAGGGCUCCUCCUUGUGGUUGCACUGGGUCCUGGUGGAGUCUCCAUGGAUGAGAAGAAAAAAGAGUGGUAACAGGAAUAGCAACAUUUCUUGGGACAUACUGUACUAAGUCCAGAACUGAUUCUCUAUGGAUUCAACAAAAACUGCCAGCAUUUUACACAUACAUGCCCCCUUCCUAUAAAAGGCACAGAUGUUUUGAAUUUGAUUUACUGCGGCACCAGUAAUACAAUAGAUAAAAUCUUAUUUCUUAUUCAAGGAAUGUUGCCUAGGUUUAUUCUAACUUCCUAGAUUUGGAACUAACCCAAGGAACCUGCAUUUUGCUGAUGCUUCAGUGAAUUGCAUUAGAACAGUUGCUGUCUGGAAUGUCAGCAAUGUCUUAAAAUUUGCAGAAAGGUGAGCAGAUACAGCUGUAUCAUUCAGUGUGGUGUUGGGUUGUAGCUAUAACUAAAAAAAGUGGAUCCCCUCUCUUGUCCUUAUCAAAACUGUCUUGUGCGUAAGGAGUUCCAUGGCUGGUUAUAGCAUUGCUUAUCAAGGUGGAAAGCAGCAUCAAAGAAAACCCAGAAAAUCACUGUUAUUUUGCUGCUCAGAGGCCUGUAAUUCCCUUUUGUUUAACAGGGAAGGGUCUUUCCUGCUCCUGUACAGAAGGCAAAAAGAAAACCCUGGAAGUAGUUGUACCCCUUUCUGGGUAAGAAAAGGGAGAGGAUUUUCUAACAUGUCCCAGUUCUGCCCUUGAGGGGAACAAGGGAGAAUCCUGUAUUGUUAAUCAUGAAUCCUGUCUUGCUAAUCAGAUUUAAAGGAAGUGGGGGAGAUGAGAUAAUCCUGAAGAGACAGAGCAUUAGAUUCUGUGAAAAUUCUGUGCCAAAAGAAUUCUUUAUUCUACAUUCUUUCCCCAAAAGUUGCCCCUCCUGAAUUCCCAGGAAGGGAGCCAAGUUGUGCUGCAGGUUCCAUAAUAAAAGCUCCUUUCUGCUAUUAACGAGCUUCCAUCCAUACAAGCCCCAAAUUCAUAUUUGAAUUGCAGGUUAUUGGUGAAAAUAUCUUGAGAAUUACAGAAACUCCCCUUUUCUGUGCACUCAAUACUUGCCAGAUGAGAGCAGUCAAUCUCCUAAUCUGUAGUCUUUGCUUCUUAGAGUCACUUCUGUCAGUCUCUUGGCUGUAAAAGUCCCAGCUGAUGAAGAAGAGCUGGGCUGCUGAGCUCUGCGGGACAGCCCCUCCUCUGCCACCUCAGACCACCCUGAGCUGUGCAGGGUGGAAAUGUGGAAGUGGCCCCGUUCCCAGCUCUGCAAACGGUUGUAGCUGAGGAAUGUGAGUGCAAAGCCUGGGCAGUGGAGAAGUAGCCAGGGAUGGACCUUCCACAGGAGGAACUUGGGAGGGUGAGGAGAGGAAGGCCCUGUUUGGCUUCUCAGUGCCACAACUUCUGUGCCACGGCCAUGCUUAGUGCUGCUCAGGGGAGGCCUUUUUAGGAGAGAAAACUGGGCUGAAAGAACUAAUGAAAAAUAGAGGAGCACUGUUGAAAGUCAAACCAGUGAUUUCACCAUCUUAAGGGGAUAAUAGCCUCUGUAAAGGCAAGAUGUGCUGCUGAUAGAGGAAGCCAGUUGCUAUCCCAGAAUAGUUAGGGUUGGAAGGAACCUCUGGAGAUCAUCUACUCCAACUCCCAUGUAUAGAUUGAUGGGAAGGGAAUCCAACAUUAAGGUCAGGGCACUGAUGGCUUUCUUUUCAAGGAAGUUUUUCAGGAGAAGUCUUCACCUCAAGUGUUCCGUGUGCCUGACUCUUCCUGGCUAAACAAACUGGUCCCUUCAGUCACAGAUCUGCAGCACAGGAGGCUUUCACUGUUUCACUGCAGGUCUUACAACGGUUCUAGACUGAUCAAGGCAGCCACUCUCAGAUACCUGAACUGCUGUUGAUGUUCAUAGUAUUUAUAAAUGACAGAAACUACUCCUGCAAGGAGCCCCUUGUCUUUCUCAAUUUCCUGGUGUCCUGUCUAACUAAGGAGCUCAAUAACAGACCAGUUUGAAAUACUGACCAGUUUCUCUGUGAAAAUCAAGUCCCCUUUCCAACAAAAGACCCUAGAAAAGGAACUGUUGCUGUCCCCUGCAGCAGGAAUACUUCCAGUAUUCCAGGGGCACAAUUAGGUGGAGGGCAUUAUAAGAUACUUCUAGGCAGCACAGCAUCCAGAUUUAACUGUGAGUCCUGAUGCAGAAGAUUCUGAUUUCCUACACACACUGCUGUACUUGUGCAUCUCCCAGAAAUACAGUGACCUCUCCCAGUGGCUGAGAAGCUCUCACAAGCAGGAUGUCAGCUACCAAUUGGCUCUGCAAAGUGUUUUGGAAUUCAUUCUGAAUAUAUUUUUGCUUUCUAUGUGGGGAAAAAAAAAAAAGUAUAAAUUCUCAUUUUAUGCUGUAUUUUGUAACUUAGUUGUGUUUGAAAAUGUUUUGAUUUUUGAAAACAAUCAAAAUAAAACAAUGGCAUCUUUGUAUCCACUUGG